AUGGCUCGCCCAGUCACUCAACACCCUCCUUCCGCCCUCCAAUUCCCCUCUGCGUCCCGCACCUCCACCCUCGGCUUUGGCUUUGCCUCUCCUCUCCAUACUCGCUCCCCGUUCGCCGAUGUUGCCAAUAACAGCAUAUACUCGUCCCCGCAGGCAUCAGCUUCAACUUCGUUCAACCCUUUCGCCUCGCCAGUAGGGUUCGGGUCGGUGCCUCCUUCACAGGCCAAGCCUUUCAAGGCUCGUCACCCUCCUCCAAUAUCGUCGACCAUCACGCCACGGCUGUUGAAGAGAGGGAGACACUCGACGUCCCCUUCUCCCCCUAGCUCGCCCACUUCGUCCAUUGCCGGCUCGCCUAACCUCGGGCACAAGCGGCUGUCGCUUUCCAGAGCAAAGAAGCAGCGGCAGGAGCAGGCGCCGGCGAUCAGCGAUGAUCUCGACUUGGGGCUCAUGCUCGCUACCCUGCCCCCUUCAACGCACCUGCAAAUCCUCACCUCGUUGAUGGAAAAGGAUCCGUCUAUACGGUCUGCGGUACUUGCUGCUACACCUGCACCAGACCUCGCCGUCUGUAAUGAUGAGCUCCAGAAGAUCAUGGACCGGAUCUCGAGGCAGUACGGCGAGCCAGGACCAGGUCGAUACCUCCUCAGCUGGGGUCGCGCGAUCAACGAUAUUACUAUCUUUUCGCGAACUGCUUCUACCUACCUCGCCUUCUUCUACACCCCGCAUAACGGCCUCCCCUCCAGCCUCCCAACAUUACACAACCUCCUUUACACCAUCACAAAAUACACUCUCACCCUCGUCCGCCUUCUUCCUCCUCAUGUGGGACAAUCAUCCGCCACCUCGUCCCUCUCCCAACUAGUCAACGCCCUCGUCAUGCGCUGGCGCGAGUGGGUUACCAAUAUCUCGAAAGACGUCAACGAGAAGGGGGAGAUGUACCCCUAUUCGUCCGUUGUGGCGUGGGGCCAGAACUUCCAGGAGUUGGUAGAUCCGGAGAGAAACGCAAUUGAGGGGUGUCCUGAUCCGGCGCCGAUAAGGGAGUUGGUGGCUACCAUAUCGGCGAUCAGGGACACGUUCGCGGCGCAGCUUGGCUGGUUGGCGGGACCGGGCGGGGCAAUGAGGUAG